AUGGCAAGACCGUACACCUCUGAAGUCGUGGAUUAUCAAUAUCCAAAGGAUUAUACUUCACCAAAAUUCAAAGCGUAUGAUGGACAAGGGAAUGCGCGAGAGCAUCUUAGCCGGUUUAUUGUUUCUAUGAACGACCGAUCCAUUGAUGGGAAUUUAUGCCUAAGGGAGUUCCCGAAAUUGUUGACUGAGACAGCCUUCACUUGGUAUGAUAACCUAAAGCCGGGAAGCAUCAGCUCAUGGGUGGACCUUUCCACACUCUUCCUCAGAAAGUUUUACUCUGCAAAAAGGAAGGUCACGACCAUCGACUUGAGUAAAUGUAACCAGCGACUAGAGGAAGACGUAGGAAAGGAUAUCACUCGGUUUCGCCACUUCGCGCUGAGCUUCCACGAGGAAAUUAAAGAAGAUGCACUAGUGGAGAUCUGCGUGCGCGGAAUGAUAUCGUGCUUCAAGAAAAGCUUGGUAAACUUUCAGUUCCUAACCUUCGUAGAGCUAGAAGAAGCUGCAGCAAGAAUCGCUGAUUGCGUUGAAGAGAGCAAUUCGGAUUACAUCUGGCGCAACGCAGUCAACACUGUCUCAACUACGCCAAGAAACACCCGCACAAAUAACAAGCAAGAAGGCUGGGGUGCGCAAACGAAUCAGUCGUACAGGUAUCAACCGCUCCCUCCCCCAUUGCCUUGUAGCAAAGAGCAGAUCGUCGGACUCCUAGAGCAAUGGGUGGAAAACAAAUAA